AUGACGCCCGUAAACGACUCCUCGCCGCCAAGAGAGCGGCGUCUGUGCGGCAGAACUCAGCCACGGAGAGUGCGGACAGCAUCGAGAUCUACAUCCCAGAGGCCCAGACCAGACUGUAGGGGGCGCCAGACUCACACACAGCACCAGGAGCACCAGGCAGGAGGCGCACGGCAGGAGGCGCAGCAGGAGGCGCAGCAGGAGGCGCAGCAGGAGCAGCAGGAGCAGCAGGAGCCACUGAUUGCACUGCUGCAGGACGCUCUUCUGUCGUCACUAACAGCUGUGUUUGUGCCGAAGGAGAAAAGGCCAGAUCCAACAGACUCAGACUCAGUUCUUUCUCUGUUUUGGUCCUAA